UUGCAACAAAAAGUCCGAGAGGAAAAGGGCGGUACUAUUACUCAUGUCAAAUGAUAAAGCCCGAGGCGUCUUCUCGAUAGGAUUAAAGAUAGUCACGCGUGAGUGACUCCACAGGUAAAUGUGUCCUCUGAUUCACACCUGUGCUUCAUCCCUCUUCUGAUGUCUCCAGUAAAACUUCAGUCAUAACAUUCCACCAGACGACACACACGUACAAGAUGGCCUCCUUUAAGAAGUUUUCUGUGCUCGCCCUGAUCGCCAUUGUCCUCCUGAUAUUUGGCGGGAUCCUCCACAUUAUCGCCAUAGCUACACCUUACUGGCAUAUCACGUACGAGGCCACCGUCGGCAGAGUGGGACACUAUGGACUGUGGGUGGGGUGUAAAUAUUUCCUUACCCUCGUCUCAUGUUCCGGUGACUUCAUCAAUCCACCAGCGUGGUUGUUGGGGGUUCGCGCUAUGGACGUGCUCGGCAUGUUGCUAGGAACUACGUCACUGGUUCUGAUGGGACUGUACACGUUCGCGCCCUCCGGAAAGUGGACGACGACCUACAAAGUAUCGUCAGUCGUCACAGCCCUAGUGGCUGGUAAGUAAAUCACCUACGGA